AUGGUAACAAAUACCCCGCUACAGCGUGGAAGCAUGGUCAUUGAUACUUCGGCUAUGGGUUCAAUGACUAAUUCAUCUGUUUGUUUGAAAUGUCCGUUGAAUAUUUGUGAUAAAGAUUUUGAAGUUGAUUUAACGUGUCUUCCAUUGAGUCAACUUGAUAUUAUUUUGGGAAUGGACUGGUUAAGGGCCAACCAUGUCUAUAUCAAUUAUUUUGUGAAAGCUGUUCUUUUUCUUGAGCCAGAGAAGGAAGGUGAUUUAUUCUUGUAUACUCAACAAGUGAAUGAAUCUGUGCGAGAUGGUGCUGAAGUGUUUAUGUUGGUGGCAAGUUUGAAGCUUAGUGAAAAUGGAACAAUGGGUGAAUUUCCAGUUGUUCGUGAUUUUUCUGAAGUGUUUCCUGAUGAGGUUAGCAAUUUUCCACCUGAACAUGAAGUUGAGUUCACGAUUGAUUUGAUUCCUGGUACUAGUCCGGUAUCGAUGGCUCCGUAUCGGGUGUCACCAUAA